GCUGUGGAGGAAUGUGCGGAAACUUCUGUUCACUUUUCUGUUUGCGCUGUUCGUCGAGGGAAAAACUACAAAAGUGGACCAAAACUCCACUAAAGUUCGAGUGAAGUUUGGCUGUAAAGUGUCGGUUCUCGUCGUUUGUUACAAACAGCUGAAGUCGACAUGGCUGCUCAGACGGUGUUCUCGGUGGAGAUGUUUCCUGCUGUGGGCGUCUCUUUGAUGGAGGAUGGACAGAGUCUCAGCGACAUGCCCAGGAACACGCUGCCCGCCCCUCAGCUGGUGAUGCUGGCCAACGUGGCGGCGGUGACGGCAGCAGAGAGCGGCGGUGGCGGCGAAGGCAGCGCUGCAGACGAGAAGGAGAUGAUGGAGCUGAAGACGGUGGGAUGCAGCAGCUACUCGGACAGCGAGGACGAGAGCAUCAUCCGGUACAGCUACGACAACCACAACCAGAGAGAAGUCUGCAUCAUCGAGUAUCCAGAGUCUCCAGGCCUGCCUGCUGAAGGUGUGGUAGUUGGACACAGCGCUGAGGGCAACGGGGGCGACAAAGCUGAAAACCUGUCCCGCCGGCCCCAGCCCCACCCACCUGCCGCCAAACCACCUCAGCAGGGUGCCAAACACAAAGAGCCCCCCGGUGCCACAGAGAGCGCCAAGAAGAAGAAGCCCUUCCACUGCAAGCCAUGCCACUUCCAGGCCCAGAAUGAGCAGGAGUUUGUGGAGCACCUCGGCACCCAUAGCAUCAGCAAGAUGUUGGUGGUAAACCGCGUAGAGGGGCGCAGCAAGACCAAGGCCAAGGAGGCGGAGGCCCGAGUCCCAGGCUCCAGCAGGUCCGGGGGGGCGGACAGCGGCGGCGGGGAGGCGGCGGCGGCAGCAGGCGACAUCAAGGGGCUGAUCAGGUGUGAGCGGUGCGGCUACAACACCAACCGAUACGACCACUACAUCGCCCACCUGAAGCACCACAGCAAGGAGGGCGAGGACCACAGGGUUUUCAAGUGCACUCUGUGUCCGUACACCACCGUCAGCCAGUACCACUGGAGGAAACACCUGAGGAAUCACUUCCCUAGCAAACUGCACACCUGCAGCCAGUGUUCCUACUUCUCAGACCGCAAGAGCAACUACAUCCAGCACAUCCGGACUCACACUGGUGUCCGUCCUUUCCAGUGCCUGUACUGCGACUACUCCAGCUCUCAGAAGACCCACCUGACCAGACAUAUGAGGACUCAUUCAGGUGAACGCCCUUUCAAGUGUGAGAGCUGCACCUACUUGGCAGCCAAUCAGCAUGAGGUGACCCGGCACGCUCGGCAGGUCCACAACGGCCCUAAACCUCUGUCCUGUCCCUACUGCGAGUACAAGACAGCCGACCGCAGCAACUUCAAGAAGCACGUCGAGCUUCACCUCAACCCUCGCCAGUUUCUCUGUCCACUCUGCAAGUACGCGGCCUCCAAGAAGUGCAACCUGCAGUACCACAUCAAGUCCCGGCACUCUGGCUGCAACGUCGCCGUGGACGUUUCCAAGGUCAAGCUGCGUGUCAAGAAACCCGGUCCUGACGAGGAAAACGCCGACUCCAACGCUAACAAAGAGGAGGACUUUGACAUGGACGAGGACUCGAGCCCAAUCAAUCUGUCAAUCAGAAAGACUGGCAGGUCAGGCCAGAGUGUUGGCCAAACACCUGACAAGGCUCAGACCUCUAAAUCGAACAUCACUUGCACUGAAAAAUCCUCAAAGGUGAAGGACAAGCCAGUGGAACCGGAGAAAAAGAUUGCAACGAGGCAGAAGAAGGUGAACGGGAGUCCAGCAGAGAACACGCUUGUUAAAGAAACCCAGACGGAGGUAACACCUGCCACACAUACAAACACCAACAAGGUGAAGAGGCGAGUCAAGAAUAAAGAUAAAGUAGCAGUCCAGGACCAAGCAGACGCACUGCAAAAACCUCAAACAGAGCCAGAGAAACCCGACCACCAACAUCAAAGAUCGGAUGAGGCCAGAUCAGUGACACUGAAGGUGAAUCAGCAGAACAACAGCAGCAGUGGCAGCGAGAACAGGAGUCUUCUCAGCAAACCUCGCAAGAAGUCAGAGAAAACUCCAGAACACGUUGAUGAAGCUCAGACAGGGUUAGAUCACUGGAGACGACCUCAGAAAGACAAGUUGUUGACCAAGGACAAGGCUGCAAAGAGGAAAGCUGUUUCCACAGCUUUAGAUCUGUCCAGCAAGUCCUCUUCUGAGACCCCGCCCAAGACCAGGCGGCUGAAAGCCUUGAAAUCUGCUUCAGAAGACAUUACUGAGACCAUCGAGUCCAGUCUGACGAAGAAGAAGAAGAAGAAGGCCAAGAGUUCCAACAAGAAGGCCACAAGUCUGCCAAAAGAGAGGUCCGCGUCGUCUGUCAUCAGGCUGUCCUCUGAGGCUCCGGAAGCUUCUGCUCAGGUGGACGACCUGACACCAGCCGCCACCACUACUGCCAGCCCGACAGAACCCACCGCCUUUACAGACCAAAACUCUGAGAAAACUUGCAAUGUUUCACCGAGCAGCAGCAGCUCCAGUGAGGACACACCUUCUGUGGACCGGCCUGUGCCCACACCACCACCACCACCACCAUCAUCUCUCAAAGCCGCAGACCCCGAGGACGAUGAAGGUAUACACAGCAGCCACGAAGGGGGAAGCGACAUCAGCGACAGCGCCUCCGAGGGCAGCGACGACUCUGGCCUGAACGGUACUGGCGCUACCGUUUCUGCUAAGAUGGCCAACGACCCCGAAACCCCCACCAACGAGAUCCCAACGCCGACGGAGCUCAAGAGUCACUUGUGCAUCUUCUGCGACCGUACGUUCCCCCUGGAGGGCGAGUACCGCCGCCACCUGAACCGCCACCUCGUCAACGUCUACUACAUGGACGCCAAAGCUCAGAAAUAAGGAGCAUGGUGUACAGGAAAAAGUAGUAUGUAUUGUGUCUUUAAACACAUCACAGCGUGACGUCUGAGCACCAACACUGCUGCUGCCAAACUCUCAGAACUUACAAGAGUUUCAUUUAUGUUUGCUCCAGGUGGGUGGUGUUUGGACCUCACUGUUAUCAGUCUGCGAACACGCUAUGACAUCAUCAUCUGUCUCACGCUGCUGGUCUGCUGCAUCAGCUUUCAUCAUUUAACAUCACAAGAUGUUAGUGUUUGUGCUGCUCUGAUCACAGCUCUACAUCUACCUGUUCUACCCUCUGAACUCCUUUGGUUCUUAUCACCGUGAGCUCGCUCAGUAUAAAAUCCUGAAACACAGCAUGACCAGAUGGAGAAUGAACUCAGAAAUGUCUUCCCUGUGGUAUGACACAAUUAAAAUGAGACAAGGUCAGGAAAAAAAGCAGAGAAACAGAAACCUGGAAUCAACGUGUCCAACAUUUUUCCAAGUGUUCACAGGUGUUCCCCACGCUGGAAAAAAUAGAGGCUCGUUAAACUGUAGAUAUUUAACUGUUUACAUGUUUGUUUUUCACAAUAAUUCAACAACACUGAGGUUUCACCAUGCUGAACUUGUCCUGAGCAGUGAUCCAGUAGGUUUUCUUUUCCUCUCUGUGGAAACGCUGCCGAAGAAGUUGUUUUUGGUUUUUAUAAGAACUGAUUAAACACUUUGUGCUUUCUGAGUCCUGUUACAAACGUCCAGCUGUAGUCUGUGUGAACUUCAAAAACGUCCCUUUUUCAGUGCCUUUGACAAUCAACUCUGAGACUUUUUCUUUUAUUGCUUCUCUUUUCAGUUGUUGUAUUUCUUGUUGUUUGACAGUUAAAGUUGAAAAUAUUUGACUGUGUGUGGAUGAAAUGUGGUUGGUUUGAUGCGAUCACACGUCAAACUUUGCUUCAGCUGAGGAGUAGGUUAUGCUGGGUUAAAUCCUGUCUGAACAUAACUUCUGUAUUUGGCCUAAAAAACAACUGGUUUCCUUGUAAAUAUCUCGGUGCAAUAUUCUUUUUAGUCGAGAUGCCAAAGCGUUUCCUCCUGUCUGUCCUCAAACUGCCCGAUGCAUUUCUGCAGGUUUUCACUGAAGAACAGUUUGUCAGCCAGCCCUUAAAGGUUCAGCAUAUUAGAGUUGGGGUUACAUCGCUCCAGCUGAAACCAUGAAGCUGGCUGGUGUUAUUUUAUCUUUUCUUUCAUUACAAAGGACACUAAAACCAGACUCGGAGCAGCACAAACACAGGCAGUCUGCUGUUCUGGGCGAUGAAACGGAAGAAAUCAAAUACCACCAGCUGGAACAUGUCAGGAUGCAGAUUUACUGAGCUCUUCAACUAACAGUUCAUCUGAAGCAUACUGUACUCUGCUCUUUUUAAAAAAUAAACUUUUCCAAACUCA